AUGGAUGUACUUCCCAUUGCUAUUCAACGCCGUCCAAGUCUUACUGAAGCCUGUACAAAAUACCAAGGUUCGAACCUUUGGUCUAGACGGUUCAGUCUAACUAAACAACCUCGUAUUCUUCGUGUUCCUAUAGACGAUGCCCUCUGCACCAUCUGUCUCGGUUCAUACUCUCUUGGAGAUCGUCUGCAUCGUCUUGACUGCUCACAUCACUUUCAUGCUGCAUGUAUCAAGUCUUGGCUAAAUGUGCGCAACUUGUGUCCAUUAUGCAACUCGGCGGUUGUUGGAGUAGAUAUAGAUUUGAACGAGGAUGAAAUUGCCGAGUUUGAAAAGUAUACGGGAGAAGUUGAUGCUUUGGAUGAUUCCGAAGCUCAACCAUGGCAGUCGCACUCUGUAUCAGUAAGCAUGAGUGAAUAG